AUGUCAAAUAAAUACUUCAGGAUCAUUAUUCAGAAUGGAACAUUCGCUAUCAAAUGUCGUGUUUGUUUACCAUGUGAAGACAAAUACAAAAAAUUAUUCCAAAUUACAAAAGAUGAAAUUUUAGACAGCUGUGGAGUUUGUAUUACAGCUUACUCAACUUUCCAAGGUUAUCAAAUGGAAGGUCGAGGUUGUUUACUUAAAUGUCCACCUAAAGAUGCUAUCAAUGAGCUUACUCCAGGACUUGUUAACAAGUAUAACUGUUGUUAUUAUGAUUUAUGCAAUAGAACAAACAAAUUAUUUGUACAGUACAAAUUAAUUAUUCUGAUUUCCUGUUUACUCAAUUCAUUAUUUAUUGUUGUGAAUAGAUUUAGUGUUUGUUAAAUGUAAAUACAUGUCAGCAUUUCACCAAGA